AUGCGCGCGCUGUCGCCCGCCUCCUCUCUCUUCCUCGCGCUGUGGCUCGGGACGACCGUCCUCCUCAUCCGCCGCGACAUGCGUGACGGACGACGAGGGGGUGGACGAGGAGGAGGAGGCGACGGUGAUUACGAUGAUGACGGCGGCGACGGCGGUGGUGGUGAUGAUGAAGCAGCAGCAGCAGGAGGACACGUGGACUACCGCCGGUGGCUUCUGGGUCCCUUCGGCGCCCACGCUUCGCCGGCUCGCCGCGUGGUCGCCCGCAAGGACGGCGACAUCAUCAUCGGCGCCCUCUUCUCGGUGCACCACCAACCCCCCGCCGACAAGGUGUCGGAGCGCAAGUGCGGCGAGAUCCGCGAGCAGUACGGCAUCCAGCGGGUGGAGGCGAUGUUCCACACCCUGGAGCGCAUCAACGCCGACCCCGCGCUGCUGCCCGGCAUCACACUCGGCUGCGAGAUCAGGGACUCGUGCUGGCACUCGGCCGUGGCGCUCGAGCAGAGCAUCGAGUUCAUCAGGGACUCGCUCACCUCGGGCGGAGGAGACGGUGACGGACACGCGAGCCACGGGGGAGCCCGUCUGAGCGGUCCCGUCACCGCCACCGCCGCCGCAGCAGCCGCUCGCUGCAUCGCAGCGCCGCCAAGUUUGAAGAGGCCCAUAGUUGGUCUCAUCGGGCCCGGCUCCAGCUCCAUGGCCAUCCAGGUGCAGAACCUCCUGCAGCUCUUCAACAUCCCGCAGAUCGCCUACUCGGCCACCAGCAAGGACCUGAGCGACAAGUCCCACUACAAGUACUUCAUGAGGGUGGUGCCCUCGGACACGCUGCAGGCCAAGGCCAUGCUGGACAUAGUGAGGAAGUACAAUUGGACCUACGUGUCGGCCGUGCACACGGAAGGAAACUACGGUGAGAGCGGCAUGCAGGCGUUCCGCAAGCUGGCCGACGACGCGGGCAUCUGCAUCGCCUACGCCGACAAAAUCUACAGCAACGCCGAGGAGAGCAACUUCGAGCGCCUGGUGGAGCAGCUGCGCGCGCAGGUGCCCAAGACGCACGUGGUUGUCUGCUUCUGCGAGGGCAUGACCGUGCGCGGGCUGCUCAUCGCCAUGCGACACCUGGGAGCCGUUGGCGAGUUCUUGCUCAUCGGCAGCGACGGCUGGGCCGACCGCUACGAGGUGAUCGACGGAUUCGAGGUAGAGGCCGUGGGAGGCAUCACCAUCAAGCUGCAGUCGGCCAAGGUGAAGUGGUUCGACCAGCACUACCUGAAGCUGCGGCUCGACACCAACAAGCACAACCCGUGGUUCGCCGAGUUCUGGCAGCGCCGCUUCGAGUGCCGUCUCAAGGGCCACGCGCAGGAGAACGCCGCCUUCCGCCGGCAGUGCACGGGGAACGAAAGUUUACGGGAACACUACGAGCAGGACAGCAAGAUGGCCUUCGUGGUGAAUGCCAUCUACGCCAUGGCCCACGGCCUGCACAAGAUGCAGCAGGCGCUGUGCCCGGGCCAGCGCUCGAUGUGCCCCGCGAUGCGCCCCAUCAACGGCAGCACGCUGCUCACCUUCCUCAUGCGCACGCGCUUCUUCGGGGUCACCGGCGAGGAGAUUCAGUUCGACGAGAACGGCGACACCCCCGGCCGCUACGACAUCAUGAACCUGCAGGAGACCAGCCAGGACAGCUACAGCUACGAGAAGGUGGGCAGCUGGGAGAACGGGGAGCUGCGCAUGGAGGACCGCAUCAUGUGGCCCAACCGCAGCGUGGGCGUCAAGUCGGUGUGCAGCGAGGCGUGCGGCCGCGGGCAGAUCCGGGUGAUCCGUAAGGGCGAGCUGAGCUGCUGCUGGGUGUGCACGCCGUGUAAGGACAACGAGAUCGUGCAGGACGACUUCACCUGCUUGGCGUGCCGCCAGGGCUCCUGGCCAGACCACGACCUCAAAGGCUGCGUGGAGAUCCCCGUGUACUACCUGCAGUGGGGCGACGCGGAGGCUCUGGCGGCGGUGGCUUUCUCGUGCGCGGGCCUCCUCGCCACGGCCUUCGUGGCGCUCGUCUUCGUGGCCUUCCGCGACACGCCCGUCGUCAAGUCGUCGAGCCGCGAGCUCUGCCUCAUGGUGCUGGCGGGCGCCGGCCUCGGCUACGCGUGCACCUUCGCGCUGGUGUCGCGCCCGACGCGCGCCGGCUGCUACGUGCAGCGCAUCGCCGUGGGCCUCGCCUCCUCGGCCAUGUACUCGGCGCUCGUCACCAAGACCAACCGCAUCGCGCGCAUCCUCGCCGGCAGCAAGAAGAAGAUCUGCACGCGCAAGCCGCGCUUCAUGAGCGCCUGCGCGCAGAUGGUGAUCGCCUCGCUGCUGGUGUGCGUCGAGCUGGGCAUCCUGAUCGCGCUGGUGGUGGUGGAGACGCCGCAGGUGGUGUUCGACUACCCGAGCGUGCGCGAGGUAAACCUCAUCUGCAACACCUCCAACCUGGCCAUGGUGGCCCCUCUCGGCUUCAACGGCCUCCUCAUCAUGAGCUGCACCUACUACGCCUUCAAGACGCGGAACGUCCCGGAGAACUUCAACGAGGCCAAGUACAUCGCUUUCACCAUGUACACCACGUGCAUCAUCUGGCUGGCCUUCGUGCCCAUCUACUUCGGCAGCAAGUACAAGAUCGUGACCACGUGCCUCUGCGUGAGCCUCAGCUCCACCGUGGUGCUGGGUUGCAUGUUCCUGCCCAAGGUCUACAUCAUCCUGGCCAAGCCCGAGCGCAACGUUCGCAGCGCGUUCACCACGUCGAGCGUAGUGCGCAUGCACGUGCGUGACGCCAAGGUGACGAGCCGCUCCUCCAGCCUGCUCGGCCUCUUCUGCCCCCGGCGCAGGUCGACGCCCUCCGAGGAGCCCCCCAAAGCUGGCAGCGCCGCCACCACCACGGCGGAGAGCUCCAGCGGCAAGUCGAGCUCGUGGGUGCCCAGCGAGGGACACUCGCGCACCGUCGGAGUCCUCCGGCGCAUCUCGGCGCGCGUGCGGACACGUGACGGUGGCGGCAGCGGCGGCGGUGGCGCCUCCAAGAACCAGACGGCCGUGAUCAAGCCGUUCGCCAAGCCCGCGGCGCUGGAGCUGCGCGGCAGCCUGCGCUUCGCCGAGAUCAGCAGCAAGGGGCUGUACAACCUGAGCGAGGUGGACGCCGAAGGGACCCCGCGGUGCGGACGCAGUUUCGGCAGCCACCACGACAGCAUCGUGGUCCGCCGGCAGGGCAGCUACCAGGGCAGCUACCAGGGCAGCUGCCAGGGCGAUGCGGCGGUGGCAGCCGGCAGCAGCCGAGACUGCUCCGAGACGGAGUUGCCGGGCCCCGGCGCGACGCCGGCGAUGCCAACCACCUACGCCGAGCUGUCGUUCCCGGCACCCGACGAGUCGUUCUUCGCGCGCCGGGGCCUGGUGCGGACGGAGCCGCGUGACCCGGCCCUCGGCAAGGGCGAACGGGGCCCGUCCGCCGCUACCUCUGACCCGGCCGCCACGGGGCCUCUCAAGGGGAGGCCUCGGAUGGCGUUGCCCGACCUGAACCUCGGGCCGGGGCCUUCGGCGGCGUCGCCGCCCGAAGACUACGCGGCGUGCCGAAGCCGGUUGCCGCGGCCCGGCCAGCUCGCAUCCAUCACGGCGGCGGCCGAGAGCUCGCCGGGCGGUGGGCGGGCCGCGCCGGUGCCUGGGCCGUCGCUGGUGGCGCGGGGCCUGCCCGCCAUGGCCGCGUCGUCAUCAUCGUCGAGGGGGCCGACGACGCCGCCGUGUCCCCCUCAAGGCGCGGGCCCAGCGGCACGGAGGAACCCCACGCAGCUCUACGGCCGGGCCUACACCGCACCGGGAGACAACUACUCGACGCGUGGGGGUGGUGGUGGCGGUGCCUCCCACCUCUUUGAAGAUUGCCCCGAGUGCGCCCGGGCGGCCGCUGCUGCUGCCGCUAAGUCGUCUUUCGGCGGCGGCGGUGGCGGUAGUGGCGGCGGUGGCGGCGGUGGUGGCGGUGGCGGUGGCGGCGGUGGUGGCGGCGGUGGCGGCGGUGGCGGCGGUGGCGGCGGUGGCGGUGGCAGUGGUGGCAGCGGCGAUAGCUACACGGCCAACGUUGACCCCGAGCCACCGCUGAUCGCUCCGCCGUCCCCGUUCCAGGACUCGCUGUGCUCAAGCGAAUCACCCACAGGCUCGCCCUUCUCGGAGCAUGGCCCCUACUUCGCCUCCCCACCCAGCUACGCCGCGCUCCUCCUCAAGGACUACACGCAGAGCUCCUCGUCGCUGUGACGCCGCCGCCACCUCGUCGCCGUCAUUGUCGUCGCUGAGCCGGAGGAGAAGGUGCCAAGGGGCCUCACGCAAUGGCACCAAGAGGGCAGGGAGGGCCUCUGUGCGAGUGUGGCAGCAACAGCGAGGAGGCCAAUGUAUGGGGAGCUGUGGGCACGUGACCCGGGAAGCAAGUCGGAGGAGAUGAGAGGAGGGUUGCGUGGCUCAGGGGUCAGACAAGUGCCGCCGAGGCACUGGAUUCCAAUCAAUCCUGGAUUGAGCCACCCAUGAAUAAACGGGUUCUCAGGUUUCGUGAGUUGAUGGUCUUCAACCCGGUAACCAACGACUGUUCAGCAGUUUUCUUUUUUAACCAAUCACACUUCAUAUGGCUACAUUUCAGGCCUGGGAAGUUUGCGAAAUGGCUUCACUGCCAAGCAAUGAGCAAAGGCGCGCACCUCCCCGUCUGCGGAUGAAACAAAGAUCGCCUGACCGGCUGACCUGGAGAACUUGCGUGACAUCUAACUACGGCACGGGGUGAUGCACCACUCACUCUGAGCCAUUUUUUUUCCGAAAAAAAGGGCACUUGGUAUCAUGCAUUGCACGAUGCCGAUGGCCGGAGAUUUUAAAGGGUGACGAAAAGACGAGCGACCACGGCUGCCAGCGGGGAUUUUGGCGCCACCAGCCGUGUGGGGCAGCCACGGGACACAUGCCACUCCUCUCGGAGAGGCACGGUUUGCCACCUGUCUUCGUUUGGUAGUAAAUUAUUUGUAACGGAGAUCCGGUACCUGCAUUGUAUUGUGGAGAAGGUGGCAAGCCUACCACUAGCUAAACCGUUUACCCACCCACGAACCCACCUACCCACUCACCCAUCUGCUCUCCUACCCAUAUACAUACUCAUCCAUUCUCUCACUAGCUCACUCACCCAUCUAUCCACUCGCCCACCCACCUACCCACACAUAUACUCACUCACCCACUCACUCGUCCACCGUCUGACCCGCUCACUCACCCAUCCAGCCACCCACUGGGGUUGCCACCUUGUCCAGAGUUUACCUGGACACUCUUGGGAUUGGCAUCAUAUGUAUGUAUGUUGAACUUCUUCUUUUGCACCAUACGUAGCCAACCGUGCUAAUUGGAGGUGCGGGGGGAAGGACAACAAACUAAACACAAAAAGCAUUUGUAAAGAAAUACUUUUUAAUCUAGAUUAUUUAAAAUCCAUAGCUCCGGUGGCUUUCGAAUAUUGGAAGGGAAGAGCGUUCCAGAUGGCCACAGAAGCGCAUCUGUAAGAGGCACGCGUUGCGGUUACUGUCUUUGUUUUCAAUGGCUAGCCAAUAGCCACUGCUGCUGCUGCGAGGAUUACCAUUGGCAGUAAUCUGCACUGCUCUCGUAACAAAAACCUUGUCGUGGUGAUGAAAGGUGGCGAACCCGGUGAGUAAAGAGGCCGCCGCAACGAGACCUUGGGCCAAGUCUCGAGGGGGUCACAAGGCUGUUUCGAGGGGGUUUCCCACUGAAACACGACACAGUGAGCGCACCAGGGAGGGGGGGGGGGGUGUCCAGCCACCCACGGGCACCAUCGUGCCAUGUGCCUAUCAGUGCUUCCCACCGAUGUUUUCUAAAAGGUUGCUCGCACCGGCGAGUGGCGGCACGGCAACGGGCGACCCCUUCGUCGUCAGCGGGUACAGCCGCAGUUUCUGCAGGCAAACGGCUCGCUCACCUACCCCUGCCUCCCCCCCCUCUCUCUUUCAGUCCAGAAGUCAUUGCUCUCUCCCUCUCUUUUGUUGUGCAGUGGCCGUCGUCGCCCCGAAGACCGGGUCUAAAAUGGGGCUCACGUCAACUCUCGUCGGGUGUUUGUCGUGUUUUCAUUUCCUCCGGCGAUUUGUGGCAAUGAAGUCGUCGCGGGACAUUGGGGCGCAAUGCAUAUCAGGUCCAUGUGAGUUCACCGCAAAGUGAAUGGUGAGGGUUUGAGGGCUGGUGAGGGUGAGGAGUGGGUACCGGGGUUGUGGUAGGGUUGCCACCUUGUCCCGAUUUGACCCGAACGUUCCUAGGAAUCGGCGUCAUCUGUUUGCACGUUCAGGGUGUAGUGCUGACUUAGAAAAAUAUAUAUAUUGUCUGGGUUUGAUGUCCAGUGGAAAAGUUGAUAACCUUUUUCAUUGGUGAGGUGAGCGAGGCCAACUGGAUAGGGAAAGCCUAUCACGGGGCUGUGACCCUGGAGGCCGUGACCCCAGGGCUGUGACCCCGGGGUCGUGACCCUCAUGGUCCCCCCCCCCCCCACCGUCUGCCCUUUGCCACAAGAUGGCCACUGUUUAGGCGUCCACCGUGAUGCCUGCGCCACUUAAAAUGGCCGCCUUGAGAAGCACGUGAUGUAUUUAUAUGGAAGAAAGCAGCGAUUUAUUUAUUUUUUCCUCUCGAACUAAUCUCUCUCACUCUUAUUUCUUUUUCAAAUCCUCGAGCACCAAAACUUGUUGCACAACCAACUUCAGCGACGCACCUUUCCAUAGAUUGACCCGAAGUUCUGCCGUGAAAGGGUUAGAAUGUUUAGUUGAUUAUCGCCGUGACCGCCAUUGCAGCCGCUCUUACGAGAACGCAAGCCAUGAGAAUAAUGGAUUACAGUCGGCCAUCGAUUAAUUAUCCAACUCACGAUUAUCCGGCUUCCAACAUUAUCGGCGGUCCCAGUCCAAUCGGGUGAAACCGGCAAAGUCAGUAGCCGGUCCAGCAAUCGGUACAGGUGUGCAUGACAAAAAAAAGUAGCUAUGCUUGAUUUCAGUGUCAAAUUCUACGCAACCCCUAUCAUCGCCCCAUGCAGAGUCUUCGAGAUUGGUGUGGUAAGUACGGUACAUUGAAUAUGGUAACUUUUUACAAGAGGGUAUUUAUUUUUGUCUAUUUGUAUGUUUAUUCAUGAUAAUUUUACAUAGUUAACACAUUUAAAACAUUAAAAAACGUAUACACAAUGCCUCAAAACAUAAUGGUAUACAAGAAUGUGCAAAAAAAGCUAUUUUAAAUAAUGUUGUGUUUUUGAAAAUCCGGCGCCCCCUUCCCCUCGAAGCUGCCAGAUAAUCUAUAAUCUGCUAUACAUUGAUCGUUUAAAACGCUAAAACGUUCAACUCGUCAUCCCUUCAGCGCUGCCGUUGUUUUUUGUUGCCGGAAGGCUACAAAGCAAAUUUGUUUGCGCUUUUGAGUUUACAUGGACACCACAUUACACUUUGGCUAUCGUUAUAAUAACGCAAUGCUUCGCAAAUAACCCAUUCUCGCUUCACGCUUAUGAAUAUCAUGUAUUGUGUGUGUGUGUGUGAUGUAGUUAGAACAUACAUGGUUACGUUAAGUUUUUUUUUUACUCAGCAACGACAUUGCACAGCGGUUAAUAAAGACCCCAUCAACCAUUACUUAAGUGUAAAGGGAAAGAUGGGCAUUUAAUAAACUAUAUUUAAACACCAGUGUUUUAAUCGGUAUGCGAAAAUCGGGAUGAAACGUCAGGUUGGUUUUAUUGAAAGUCAGUAUUCUGUUGUUUAGUUUUUUUUUGCUGCAACUCAUAAGAUUCCUACGAUCGGUCUGUUUGUACAAGUGGCUGGUAAAUAUUGAUAAUUAAAGUCCAAUAAUGUUGACAACUUGGCUCAGAACCUUGGGGGGACGAAAAAGUAGGCCCCUAUUAAUGCGAAGAUUGAACAGGCCAUUCGCAACAUAACUCUGAUAUAUUUCCAUACGAAGGUUAUUUUUUUUUUCUCACGAAAAUGUAAUUGUUAAUCACAUUAAAUAAUUAAUGACAUUGUCUUCAUUCGGGAAAGCGGUUGAGAAGGGGUCCUGCUUUUUGGGGAUGUUGGGGUAAUUUCUUAAUUUGUCAUGGCGUUAUAGCGCGGUCAUAAUCAUUCGUGCCGUGUCGUUGUGGAGAAUAUAAGGAACACAAUAAAUGAGCAAGACAAUUAUCCUGCUGAACCAGGAGCCGUAUGUGAAAGAACCAUUGCCUAUGAAACAUCAGGCAGCUCACCAGCAUUGGUUCAACCAAGAAUACUGACUCCACUGAUGGAAUUCCAUCAUCCCUCUGCACACUCGUGGCAGCUUUCAAUCUACGCCGACAUUUAAAAGACAAUUAAAAGCCUGCCUUGGCUCCUCCCACCCUCAACCAGUAUAUAUACAAGUACUGUUUUCUUGGAAUUUCUCUUACUUGAUGCAGCAAUCGUGCUGUGACGGUUCCACCUGAAGACGGAAGCUUGUGUUGCCUCCGAAACGUCGUGAUUUUUAUUUUAUUUUACUUUUAUUAAUUUUUAUUUUUUACCUACGUGACUUUACCGAAAAAACCUAAGAAUAUGAAUACUUAAAAGCCCCUCGUCUCUCUCAAAGGUCCCCAUCUCUUUUUUUCAGGCCUCACCUCUUUUUUAAAGGCCCCCACCUCUUCUAAAAAGGCCACACGUCUCUCUUAAAGGUUUUUAUUUAAGGCCUCAUAUAUGCUUUUAAAGGUCACCACCUCUUUAUUAAAGGCCUUGCCUUUUUUUAAAAGGCCCCCACCUCUUAAAACGUGACUUAAAGCUUUCGUGACUGCAGAAAUUUACAUUAUUUGGGUCUGUCGGUAAAGUCACGUAGAUAGGUUCAAAUAAAAUACAAAUAAACUACGACGGUUCGAUCACAACAGAAGGGAUCGUCAUCAGGAGGAAAAAGGAGGGGGAAAAGCUGCAGAGGCAGACUGUUUUAAAGGUUUAAAAUGGGCUAAACCCAUUCUACACCCAUUUUAAACCUUUGAAACAGUCUGCCUCAGCAGCCUGAUGACGAUCGCUUGUGUUGUGAUCGAAACGUCGUAGUUUUUCGUAAAAAAAUGCUGUUAUUUUCCUUGACCCUAUCUACAUGACUUUACCGAAAGACCCAAAUAAUAUGAACCCCCACCUCUUCUUAAAAGGCCCACCUCUAUCUGAAAGGUCCCCACCUCUUUAUUAAAGGCCUCACCUUAUUCUAAAGGCCACCGCCUCUUCUUAAAAGGCCUCACCUCUCUCUUAAAGGUCCCCACCUCUUUAUUAAAGGCCUCACCUUUUGUUUUAAAGGCCCCCGACUCUUUCACCUGGCUUUGCAGCGGCAAUACGCUUAAGCUCCAUAGAGUCCUUUACCUCCGUGAAAUAUUGCACCGCGUUAUAAAAUUGCAGUAGCAUGAUCAUGCUAAUGAGACACUGAUUGUCGAAACCAGUCCAGAGUUUUGCUUUUAUUGAACCAAUCCUGCUGACAUGAUGCGCCUCCAGAAGGCCUCGUGGCUGAUGGGAAUGUGUAAAAGAAUGUUUUUGUAUUAUGUGGAUGGACAAGAUAUGUUUUCUAUCUGCUUGCUUAUUUUUGCCUCUCCUCCGAGGAGGAUUUUACGUCGGAGAGGAAAUGAAAGUGUUCCGAGACAGAAAAAAAAAUCGCCGGCAUACGAAAGGUGGUUACACUCACAGGUCCACACAGAUGGGUGCACAAACCCCUUUGUCUUUACUGCCCUCUCCUGGCACACCUUGCAGCCCAGCGCCUGGGCAAUCUCGCUGAUCUAGCACGAACCAGCAACCUCCUCCUCCGAAGGGCUGACCCCAGAGGUCGCAACCGGGUACCCGAUACCCGUACCCUACCAGAUACCCGGCUACCCGUACCCGGCCGGGUACGGGUACCCGUUUGCGACCCUGGUGCGGCCGGGUACGGGUAGGCCGUGAGUCACUGGUGAGUCACCGUUUGUCACUCAUUUCCCAACGUCUUGUCUCUUCUCACAAUUCAAGUUCCUAGAAUCAACCCACCCACGCCUGCAACAUGGCUUCAUCCCAGAGGUCGCAAUCGGGUACCCGUACCCGUACCCUACCCGAUACCCGGCCGGGUACGGGUAGCCGGGUAUCGGGUAGGGUAUGGGUAUGGGUACCCGUUUUCGACCCUGGUGCGGCCGGGUACGGGUACGGGUAAGGAAUCAAAACCCUUUUGCGACCUCUGGCUGACCCAAAGGCAUGCAUUUUAUUUAACACGCAUUUGCUCAGCAUACGAUUUUAAAACAACAACAAAAGCCCAAGACGUCAAGCGACCAGCAACAGACAGCACUAUCGCAGGAAAGGGGUGUAAACGCGUUGCUUGCAUUGAGCAAGAUGGUGACGGUGUUUUAUUUAUUAUUUAAGAGUUUGGGGAAGAGAGACGAUAGGAGAGGGAAUUCAAAAGUCAAGCAGUGCUAAGGGAAGAAGCAGAAAGAGAAGUGUCGUGACCUGCAGAGUGGUGCUGGUGGUGGUGCUGGUGGUGGUGGGGAGCGGUAGUGCAAUGUUUAGCACCCUGUGCUAUGAACCCGGUGCCUGAGUUCGAUCCCCUCUCACGGGCCAACACCAACGACGAUUAUCCGAAAGGGUCCUGGGCCUCCCCUUGGUCGACUCAGCCUCAAAUGAGUACCUGGUGCGGUGCGUAAACAUCCCCACUGGGGACCCAAAUGCGGCCAGGCGUGGUGCUAGCUACCCACCCCCUUGUGUAUUGUGCUGACCUUCAUAAGUGUUUACUAACAGCGCUUGCCCCAAGAGUCUUUUAAGGCUAUGCGGGGGAUCUUUGUGUUUGGUGGUGGUGGUUGAACAGUGUGAUGGAUCGUUCAGACCGAAAUGCCUCAAUCUUGAGGAAUCAAUGAGCGAAGUUCGUGGGAACAGCGACCAUGGCAGUAGCGAUAGAAGAGCUAUAAGGAGGCGACUGGCACGCUGAUGAGCGAGCCACCUAUGCCGUGAGGUCGAUCACCAUGUUGACCCCCCUAGGUGUUGUUAAACCGUACCUGGGCCGGCUUGACGGGGAGUGCGGAGACCGGACGCAGGACGGUUGACGACUGCCAGGAUGUUCAUGUAGCCGCGGUCCGUAGAUCCGAUUGCCUUUGGCACGUGCGUCAAGACAGAUGGAAAAAUGCAACUGAAACGUCUUGAAUAUAUAUUAUAUAUCAAGUUAUUAUCUGCCGCCAUGGUGGUCUUGCACAGUCAAUAGCGUAAGAAAAACAUUAAAAUUAGUCUGUGUUUUUUUGUCCCUCGAGAACAUUUAUUUUCUGUUGCUUGGGCAGAACUGGGAAAGGUCGUUCGGCUCCCGAAUGAUUCAAAUUUAGUUUUGUUCUCCCUUACGGCAUUAAACUAAGAAAACAGAUUACAUUAUUUACCGACCUGUAAAAUGAUUGAAAACAACAUAUAUAUAGUUUAUAUAUAUAUAUAAGAAUUACGAUUCUCGUCGGACAUGAAUGUAAAAAAACAGAAAGGAUAUAUUUCGUACUCCCUCCUUGAUGGAUGCUUUGGUGGAUGGACCACGCGAGUUGUCACUCUUAGUUUAGGUCGCUCUCUAACCUUUGCUCCUUUGACCUUCGCCCUUUGACCUUUUGCUCGUGAACGAGGGCAUCUGGAGUAACAUCCGCACGACGCAACCGCGGGGUGCUAAAUAGGCAAAGGCAGCUCGAAUGAAUUCCCCCGACACUGAAUAGGCUGUCUGUCUAUCUCUUUCAGGGGGCCGAGCGAGCAGAGAGCGAUCGUUUGGCAAGAUGUUUAUAUAAAUACCGUGAGAGGUCGCGUGUGUUUGAUGAUGAUGAUGAUGAUGCUGAUGAUGCUGAUGAUGCUGAUGAUGAUGAUGAUGCUGAUGAUGCUGAUGAUGAUGAUGAUGAUGCUGAUGAUGAUGAUGAUGCUGAUGAUGCUGAUGAUGAUGAUGAUGAUGCUGAUGAUGCUGAUGAUGAUGAUGAUGAUGCUGAUGAUGCUGAUGAUGAUGAUGCUGCUGAUGAUGCUGAUGCGUGUUCGCGCAUUGUGGGAGCCCCCACCCCCCUACCCCGGUCCGGGGUCUUUGGGUGAUUAUCCCUGCCGGAAUACGUCACGCGUCGUUCGCAGUUGUGAAAUCAAAUGAACAAAUAAAUAUAUAUGAUGCUUAUAUAGUUUGGCAACGCUCAACGCUGGUUUAAAAGAAAAAUGUGUCGUUCAAAGUAUCGUUGGUGAAGACAAAUGUGACGAUUUGUUGGAACGCGUCGCCGUGUUUUAUACACGUGGUCAUCCAUCACGUCCAAAGCGUUACGGUCUCGUCGGUGAAUUCUCAUUAUUAAGGUAAACAUUUAUUAUUAAGACGGCAGUGUGAUCUCGGUCAAAACAACUAGGCCGACACAACAACAACAACAACAACCGCCAUUCGCCACUAAGUGGCGGUGACGUCACCACGGCACAUUUGCCAGGCUAGGUGCAUAUUCUUAGGUUUUUUCGGUAAAGUCACGUAGGUAAAAAAUGAAAAUAAAUAAAAGUAAAAUAAAAUAAAAAUAAAAUAAAAAUCAAGUAAGAUACAGCAAUCGUGCUGUGACGG